GUCUUUUCCAGGCACCCUGGAGUCCCGUCAGGCCAGUAAGGCGGGCACGCACCUGCCAGCCGCCGCUGAGGGCCCAGGGCAAGCGACCCCGGAGCCUGGGAAGAUGGCUCAGACCAAGAGCGACUGCCGCUCACCUGUCGGCCUCGACUGCUGCAACUGCUGCCUAGACCUGGCCCACCGCAGCGAGGAGAAUAACAAUCCCGGCAGCCCCACCGUGAGCAACUUUCGGCAGCUGCAGGAGAAGCUGGUCUUCGAGAAUCUCAACGCCGACAAGCUCAACAACAUAAUGCGGCAGGAUUCGCUGGAGCCCGUGCUGCGGGACCCCUGCUACCUGCUCAAUGAGGGCAUCUGCAACCGCAACAUCGACCAGACCAUGCUGUCUAUCCUGCUCUUCUUCCACAGUGCCUCUGGAGCCAGCGUGGUAGCCAUAGACAACAAGAUCGAGCAGGCCAUGGAUCUGGUGAAGAAUCACCUGAUGUAUGCUGUGAGAGAGGAGGUGGAGAUCCUGAAGGAGCAGAUUCGAGAGCUGGUGGAGAAGAACUCGCAGCUGGAGCGCGAGAACACCCUCCUGAAGACCCUGGCAAGCCCAGAGCAGUUGGAGAAGUUCCAGUCUCGGCUGAGCCCUGACGAGCCGGCACCUGAUGCCCCAGAAGCGCCUGAGGCCCCUGAUGGCUCUGCGGUGUAAGUGGCUCUGUCCUCAGAGUGGGCAGAGCCACAACAGUUGUUCUACCUAGUUCUUUCCGGUUUGUUUUUUGGCUCCCUAAACGUCAUCUCACGUGGAGAACUUUACACCUAACAUUGCUGGUGCCAAGAGAUGUCCCCUCAAGGACAUGGCCACCUGGGUCCACUGUAACGACAGAUCCCUGACAAAUAGCAGGUCUCUGGAGGCUGAGUUGUACGGGGUCUCAUAACCUCAAGCCAGUGAGCCUCUUGAUGUCAUCUGAGCAACUUAAGCAUGACUGGCAAAGGAGAGAGGUAGUUUGUGACAUGAUGCCAGUUUUCUCCAGAAAGUUUAAGGGGUCUGUUCUUUGGGGUUUUUUUGUUUUGUUUUGUUUUGUUUUGUUUUUUCCUUUCCAUGGACAUCUUCAGCAGCUUCACCUGACAACGACUGUUCCUAUGAAGAAGCCACUUGUGUUUUAAGCAGAAGCAAACUCUCCCUUCUCCUCUUGCUCUCCAAGGCUGGGGGUAGAUGGGAGAGAUUGAGCCAAGUCAGCCUUCUGUUGGUUAAUAUGGUAUAAUGCAUGGCUUUGUGCACAGCCCAGUGUGGGAUUAUGGCUUUGGGGUGACCGCUUACAAAGUUCUGUUUGGUUAGUAUUGGCAUCGUUUUUCUAUAUAGCCAUAAAUGCGUAUAUAUACCCAUAGGGCUAGAUCUAUAUCCUAGUGUAGUGAUGUAUAUAUAUAUAAACAUACACCUACGUGUUGAAGGGCCUAACCAGCUUUGGGAGCAUUGACCCGUCCCUUAUUUCUUAAGGCUAAUUCCCUGAAUGUGUUCAUUUACUGAGCUGAUCCAGUUUGUCCUUGAGGUUAAGUGAGGCUCCGGAAUACAUUUGGGGACGGCGGGCCAGUGUCAGGAUGUGGCCAUAGACGCCUUGCUGCUGUGAGCCUUUUCCCAUCGGUCCGCUGGACACGUGAAGUUCUCUUUCGAAUGCCAAACCCACUAUUCACUGGUGCUGACUACAUAGAAUGGGGUUGAGAGAAGACCAGUUGGGACUUCACAGUGGCAUAUGUGAACAUUUCUUUUUUGUUUAAGAUUCUGAUGGGAAGCUUUGCAUGUGAACAUUGAAGAUGAUGUCCUGUUGUGAACGAGAGCUAGAUGAGGGAAUGGCUGUGUUCCAGUGGAAUCAGGGGUGUGCCCGGGGAGCUCGUCUCAAAAGUAUUUUGUGACAGUGAACACUUUCCACUUUCUGACACCUUAUCCUGAUAUAUGUCUCCAGGAUUUGGAUUUCAAUUUUUUUUUUCAAUUGUAGCUUGAAAUUUCAAUAAACUUUGCUCUUUUUUUCUAAAAAUAAA